CAACGAGUUCGCCGAGCCGUUCAUGGCCCCGCUCCCGGCCCGGCCGGUCCCUUCCCUCUCCUCCGUGCGCUGCCGCCCGGCGUCCUCCCGGAAAUUCUUGGCUUUCCCUUCCGGGAACCCUCUCCGGGGCUGGCGGCGGAUCCUUGCUUAUUUGACCUAAAUUAAGUGAUGGAAUCAUACACUAAAGAAAAAAAAUCAUCCUUGGGUCUUUGGUGUUCAUGUUUGUGUGAAAGAAUCUAAGAUGCUUCAAGAAAAGGUGUCAGCAAAUUGCUUAAAUAUAGUACCAACAUCUACUGAAGAUGAUGCUUUCCAGAAAAAGGGCCAUAGUGCUCGAGUCCUUAGCCCAGAAGAAGCAGAAAAACUGGCGAAAGAUCAGGUUUUGGUAUCUGAGUUCAAACAGCUAAAACUGGAGAAAGAGGCACAGAAGAACUGGGAUCUGUUUUACAAAAGAAACAGUACGAACUUCUUCAAGGACAGACAUUGGACAACCAGAGAGUUUCAAGAGUUAAAGGCAUGUCGUGAGUUUGCAGAUCAAAAGCUGUCCAUUCUGGAAGCAGGCUGCGGGGUUGGGAACUGCUUGUUUCCACUCUUAGAAGAAGAUAAGAAUAUUUUUGCAUAUGCCUGUGAUUUCUCUCCUAGAGCUGUUGAGUUUGUGAAGAAAAAUGCCUUAUAUAGUACUGAAAGAUGCAAAGUGUUCCAGUGUGAUCUUACCAAAGAUGAUCUUCUAGACAAUAUACCAGCAGAUUCCGUGGAUGUUGUCACACUUAUAUUUGUGCUUUCUGCCAUUCAUCCUGACAAAAUGCAUCUUGUCCUGAGGAACAUUUACAAGGUGUUAAAACCAGGCAAGUGUGUCCUGUUCCGAGACUACGGCCUGUAUGAUCAUGCAAUGCUCAGGUUUAAAUCAGGCAGCAAACUUGGGGAAAACUUUUAUGUCAGACAAGAUGGGACAAGGUCGUAUUUUUUUACUCAAGAGUUCUUAUCUCAGCUUUUCAAGGCUGAGGGAUAUGAGCAAGUGGUCAAUGAAUAUGUGCAGCGAGAAACUGUGAAUAGGAAAGAAGACUUGCGUGUUCCAAGAGUUUUUCUUCAAAGCAAGUUUCAAAAGCCUUUCAGGGAGACAUGAGUUCUUGCUAAUCAGCAACAGCAUUGCUUGUUUGAAAUGGAAACUAGCACAUAAGCUGUGUGCUCAUCUUUCUGGUGAACCAAAAAUGUUGGCAUCCAGUACCUCUUGUUGGUUUCCAUCCUAGGAUACAAAACAUGAAUUCUAUUUCUAAUUCAAUUUUAAGACUGUUAAGUGAUGCAGGCAACCUGUUGAGCAUCUGUAUUCCUGCUUCUAAAAUAAAACCUGUGCCACAUUGUUGGAGGAUCAUGUAAAGCAUAUAAAUAAACUUCCAUUUUUAUUAAAAAUUAUUUUUAAAUAAGUA